AUGGGAGGUGGUGGCGCCCUCGGCGGCGAAGGGCCGUCGGUCGCGCAGCCGCCCCGCCUGACGGGUGUGCUGCGCGCGCUCAUCACGGACCACGGCGCAGCCUUCGACGCCGACCAGGCCUUCCUGCGCCGCCAACAGGCGCUGCGCGCGCGGGAGCAGCAGCAGCACCGCCCGCAGCACCCGCAGAAGCAGCAGCAGCUCGCCGGCGCGGGCCAGUCGCUGCAGCUGCGGUUGCUCGGCCCAAAAGCCCCCAAGGCGGCGCGGGAUGACUACGAGGCGUUCGUCGCCGCCGUCCGCGCCCUGGUGGGCGGCGACCCCCCCAGCGCUGAGCUGGCGGAGCUCGCGGCGGCGGCCUGGGGCGUGGUCGGCGCCGGCAGCGGGCUCGCACGCGGGGGGCUGGAGGCGCCGGAGGGCCUCAAGCUGCACAGGCCAGGGCUGCUGCAGGACCGCCAGCUGGCGCCCUACGCGGCCGCCCUGCGCGCCGCCCUGCAGCAUGUCGAGCCCGGCGCCGUGGCGCGCGCCGUGGAAGCUGCUGGGAAGCUGCGGGCGCGGCGCGCGCAGCUCGGGCUCCCGGACGACGACGGGGACGGCCCGGCGGCGGGCGGUGGCGUGGUUGGCGCGGAUGAGAAGAGGUUGGGGCGCAAGUCGCAGCAGGCGCAGCCGCAGCUGAUGGCGAGGGAGUGGGGCGCGGACCUGCGAUUUGUCCCCCCAGACGAAGGCCCCGGCGGCGGCGGCGCCCACGCGUACAUCUCGCGGAUCUGCGGCGCGGCCGCGGCGGACGGCCCCGCGGCUGUCACCGCGGCCGGGGCGCGGCCGGCGGCGCCGGGCGCCGCCCUCGCCACCCCGGGGGAGCUUCUUGAGCUGUAUGCUGCCGGCAUGGGCGGCUCCCGCCCCGCGGUGGAGGCGGCGGCGGCGGCCGGCGAGGUGGACGGGGACGCGGCGUUCGCGGCGGCGCUGGCGGCCGAGGAGGCGGGCGGCGGCGGCGGCGGUUACGGCGGUUACGGGAGUUAUGGGGCUGCUGGGGGUGCGGAUGAGGAGGUGGACAUUGGGAGCGACGAUGACGAGAGGCGCAAGGGGCGCAAGGUGGGGGGGAGGGGAUGA